AUGAACACACGCGCGAAUACCUACGAGACAAGGUCAGCAUCGGAGAGGGAUGACGAAUUCUGUCCUGCAUUGCGAGGCUACCCCAAAUCAUCUCUGAUUCAUCGAGCACAAGUUGAUAUCAAAUGGCUUUAUUGCAAGUACAACUUCAAUAAAAGCACAUGGGAGAGGGAGAACAAAGCGACAGGCACCGCCGAUUUUGAGAUUCCAAGUGGCAUAAAUGAUAAAGCUAUAUAUGUGCCGCCGGAGACAUGGAUAGCGAGCAAUGCCGGCGUCGCUAACCUUUAUUCGACGAGACAUUCCAACGUGGAAUACGUCACAAGUGAAGAGCUAGAACGAGUGAUUAGUGGCAAGGGCGCUCGAUGUUUGCCAGAAAUGGAACCUCCUAAAGAAACGAUGGUCCAUAAACCCAGACGCUGCCGGCGCGGAUUGGAAGCACAAAAAGCGUCCAAAGCCCAACCUGCCACCACUGUGCCUACACUUGGUGUUUCGUGCAAGACCAAUCGUCCAAUUCUUUCAGCUCCAUCGAAUAACCAAAAAGGUUCAACAACAGAGAGUGGCUUGCAGCUGGGCACACGAGGUAACGACGGAAAGCUUGAAGUAAAUUCAGACUCUAUCACGUAUAUCAAAAAAGAUAGCGAAGAACCUCCUCCAAAGAAACAAUAUAAAGAGUUUGUUUUUAUUAAUUUGGAUUCAAGCUCCGAUGAGGACAAUAUCUCAACAUCACUUCAGGGUAGUAAGAACAAGAGUAGCCGAAAAAGAAAAGACAACACUAUAAUAGGGCCUAGAUUAUCCCGUCUUUUAAAAGACAAUAGAACGGGAGUCGACAAAAUCCUCCAUCAGAAUGCAGGCGAAAAUUCCAAUGAUAGCAAAGCCUCGCUAAAACCCGACCAUUCCAACGUCACCAGACACCAAGACCAAGUUCGCAGAGCGCCUAAUGAAUCACAGCCUCGUGUUAAGAGAUCUCUGUCCAUUAAUGCUCCCUCGAAUCACAAACACCCAGAGCUGUCGGAUCGGGAACGUCCCAAUACGGCAAGUCACUUGACCGCCAUCAUCGCGGAUGUUUCUCGCGCUCAAGACAAUCUUCUCAAAUUUGCGAAGAGAUUGAAGACGCUCAAUGAGAUACCAGGGCGCGAGAUUGUGGGUGAGCUGGGUAGAUUGGCGGAAACUCUGCCCCUAGGAAGUGAAUCAGCUUCUUCGAAGAAAGAGCCCAACGAGGAGCCGAUAGAGGUUGACAUGUAUGGGAGUCCUGUCUCAUCUCACGUACCUAAUUCACAUGUAGAAGAUUUAGAAAAUGGAGGCCAUCAACAAUCUGUUGGAGAAGACGCAUCAGCGCACAUCUUGUCAAACACAGAUGUACACCAGGAGGCCGACCAGAGAGCUUAUGAAAAUAGAAAAGCCCGCCACGAAGAACCUCAUUACUGUCCAGCAUUUCCAACAUGGGGUAUUCGCUUUGCAGACAGAGCAAAACCACAAACUGUAGUCGAGAUGGUCAGAAAUGCAACACACAGCCGACACAUGUGGGAGCUUCGUCAUGGUAUACCUCAAAGUGCUUUACCUACACUUCCCUCGACGUUCGAUAAGAAUGCAAUCUAUGUCCCGCCUGACGACUGGAUCAAUGAGCCACAUACGGGUAGACAGGCGUUUCGUGCGGAGAAUUCUGAGGGAGAGAUUGUCAUGACUUGGGAGGAACUUAAGGCUGUUUUAGUUAAGCCCUCAGCCCCUCGCACCAUGCAACUCCCCCGCCUCGAUGCAAACGGGCAAGUCGAAACCUGGGAAACCCGCCGCGACGCCCCGAAACCGCCCUACUUCUGCACCUUCCUCCCCGCCAGUCUCCCCGCCAAAGGCUACCAACACAAGAAAGAAAUCGAACGCGUUUGCGAUCUCUUCGACCGCUACAACACAUGCAGAAAAGCAUGGGAGAAGGUACGAGGUAUUACGAAUUAUGUUGUGUAUAAGCUUCCGAAGGGCGUUGAUCCGGCGGCGAGAUAUGUGCCUAGUUUGGAAUGGAUUCAUGCUGGUGGUACGAAAGAUCGGGCGAGGGAGAAGUUUCUGACGGCGAAGGAGUAUUCGAAGCUGGUUACUAAUGAGGAGCUUGUGCGGGCUAGGGAGGAAGAGGAGAGUUCUAGAUUGUCGGGUUCGAGGAAACGUAAGGCCGAGUGA